UUUUUGGUCAACGACGCCAUUUGCUUCUGGAACCUGGGAGGGUAGGAAGGAAGGGUGUAGGAACCGAAGCGUUACCCUUCAGUUUUCAUAGGGGCAUUAGCAUUACCACAGAAGUUGAAAAUUACCCAACCCGGAUCCUUAUGUGGUGAAAUGGUUUCUUCUGAGAUAGAGAUAGUCUCGUCGUCGUCAUCGGACUCAAAACCCCUUGACCAAAACCCUACCGCCGUCGCCGUCGCCGUCGAGGUCCCUAUAAUCGACGUCUUCUCUGCUUCUGCUUACGGCGAUCUCCCCAAACUCAGGAAGUUCGUCGAGGAAGACGGUGCCUCUCUCUCCCAGCCUGAUGGCCAUGGCUACUACGCACUCCAUUGGGCUGCUCUCAAUAACUUCCCUGAUCUCGCCCACUACAUAAUUCAGCAUGGCGGGGACGUGAAUGCCACCGAGAAUAUAGGGCAGACAGCAUUGCAUUGGGCAGCCGUGCAGGGUGCAAUCGCAGCCGCCGAUGUGCUCUUGCAGAAUGGAGCUAGGGUUGAGGCUGCUGAUGUAAAUGGGUACCGGGCAGUUCACGUUGCUGCUCAGUAUGGGCAAACAUCUUUCUUGAACCACAUCAUUGCAAAGUAUCAUGCUGAUUUUGAUGCACCUGAUAAUGAGGGCAGGAGUCCUCUUCAUUGGGCUGCAUAUAAGGGAUUUGCAGAUACAGUUAGGUUGCUUCUGUUUAGAGAUGCAAGCCAAGGGAGGCAAGAUAAAGAAGGUUGUACCCCUUUGCACUGGGCUGCUUUAAAAGGAAAUGUGGAGGCUUGCACUGUGCUUGUUCAUGCAGGCACAAAGCAGGAAUUAAUGGUGAAAGACAAUGCUGGUUUCACACCUGUUCAGAUUGCAUCUGAUAAAGGUCAUCAGCGUGUCGCUCUUUUCCUCUCUAGCCAGCAGCGGGCUCAAGGAAACCACUGGUUAAAGAGACUUUGUGGUGGGAAGAUUGCACAUUUUGGUUUUGCUCCUAUCUUGUUGUGCACAAUAAUCAGUCAAACAGUUCUCUUUAUGAACUCAGUUCUCGCAGCUCCUAAUCUGACAAAGGUUACUGCUGCUGUUGGUUUCUGGGGAUGGGCAGCUAUUUCAUUUGCAGUGGGUUCGCUCAUUAUGUUGUACAGGUGCAGUAGUGAAGAUCCUGGCUACAUCAAAAGAGCAGGGGACGUGGGCAGUCAUAUAGAUACAGAGGAUCCUCUGUUGAAUAUUGAUUUGAACAAUUCAUCUGUAUGGAUGGGAAAUUGGUCUCAACUUUGUCCUACUUGCAAGAUAAUCAGACCUGUUCGCUCCAAACACUGCCCCACAUGUAAUCGAUGUGUAGAACAGUUUGACCAUCAUUGUCCCUGGAUAUCUAAUUGUGUUGGCAAGAGAAACAAGCGAGAUUUCUUUAUUUUGAUCUGCAUGGGAACAUUGACAUCAACCAUUUCUGCUGCUGUCACAGUUCAAAGGAUUUGGACUGCAGUGCCAGCAUGGCAAACAGAAGAAAUAUGGAUUCAUCAUGUGAUAGUUCAAUAUCCAAGUCUUGUUGCAUUUCUGUGUAUUGACAUUAUUAUUAUGAUUUCUACUACGACUCUGACAACAGCACAAGCAUCUCAGAUAGCUCGAAAUAUCACAACUAAUGAACUGGCAAAUGCUAUUCGUUAUGGGUAUCUUCGUGGUCCAGAUGGGCGGUUUCGAAACCCAUAUAAUCAUGGGUGCCGUAAGAACUGUGCAGAUUUUUUCAUUCAGGGCUAUACAGACGAUGAUGAAAUUGCCUGGCCUCCAUUGCAGCAGGUUGCCAGUUAAAAUAUGCAGACUUAUGUGAGUACUUUGAUCAAGGCUGAUGCGAUAUAGGUACCCAAAUCAGAUACAUAAAUACCUGGUCAUUUACCGGUUCUAAUCCAUUAUUGCUACCCAGAUGUACAAUUGAAUCAAUGAAAUGGAAAAAAAGAAAAAAAAAAUGAAAUUCGUUAUUCUGUGAUUGUGUUCUUUCUCAUAUUUAAAUAAGUCUUCAUUUGAAUCCUUUACAA